AUGCCGACGCCACAGAACCCUUCACGGGCGCCCGACGCUCCGCUGGGGUCCGACACCGGACUCCAGGACGCGCACUCUCGUCUGGCGGAGCUGCUACUUGCCGCGGCGUCCAUCUUGGCGGAGAUCACCGCGUCAGGAGGAAGGACGACGACGGACGUCGACAGGAGUCGCGUGGGAGAUUCCCGCCAAAAUGCGCUUCGCACCACUGACUUUGAAAAUGGCGCCAUUUUUACGGAGCGCCCGUCAAUUGGCGGGAAUCGCGAGCAACAUGUGACCGGGGACCUCCACUCUCUGCCGCUCACGUCAUCGGGGUGCGCUACGGGCCGCCAUGAACCACCCAGGGUAGGGGCCGCCAUUUCCCAUACCGACGGCGCGGCGCGGGAAAAUCACCUGUCGGAGGACGACAUGGUUUUUCAGCAGCGACUUCCCGCGUUGACGGCCUUCAAAGCUGAGGGGGGUGACUGGGGCGCCUUCCAGCGGAGAUUCCUCGCCCAUCAGGAAAUGUCGGGGUGGUCCGACGCUACGGCGCUACGGGCACUGCCUGCAAUGCUGGACGACAACGCGCUCGCGGCCUUCAGGUCCGCCCCGAGAUCGGCCCGCUCCACACUCAAGGCCGCGCUGGGCCUUAUGGCCAAGGUGUAUGGACCACCCUCGGCCUGCCGCCACCAAUUCUACAGGCGACGGAAGGGGGACACGGAGACUACGCUCGCCUACCGCACAGCGCUGCUUGCUCUCGCGGACGCCGCCUUCCCUCGCAUGGAUGAGGAGGGGCAGGACGCCAUGGUGAUGGAACAGCUGCUGACGUUGGCUCAGGACCUGGGGGUCCCCAUCAACACGGCGGACGAGGUGGACAUUUGUUCAUUGCGGGUUGCAACGAGCAUCCAGGCGCAUGAGGUCCUGAAACAGAAGCAGGCGGUCGUCUGCGCUUCUGCCGCGGUCUCAACUCCUGCCCCGGUGGACACCGACCCCCAAGUCAGCCGGCCUCGGGAGGAGGCAUUCGCUACAGCGCGACCGGGGGAUUGGAGGUCGGGGGGUCGUUCGCCUCUGCGAUCAACCCGCAAGCUGGAGCAACCGAAACCUGCGACGUCCCUCGUCACGUGCUACAACUGCGGCCUUCGCGGCCACGUGGCGUCCGGGUGCCGCGCUCCACGUCAGCGCGCCACGGGACCUCGGCUGGACGACGACCAAGGCCCAAAGUCGUCCCAACUACCCCCGGUGUCUCGGAACUGACGACUGCCGACCAUCGGCGACCGGAUCCCCAAGGCACGUGCGGUUCUUCCAGGCCUGCUCCAUGCCUUCCUGGGCUGCCGGAGCCACCGGACGGUCAACAACGUCCCGUCCCGUACGACGGACCGGCCAGGGGGGGUGCAGGACGGUUCCGCCGGAUCGUCUCGUCACAGCGUUCCCCGUCCGUCCGACCGCUCUA